AUGAAUUUGAUCAAAAUUUUAACAAUUAUUAGUUGUUUCUUUUUUAAAGUAAUAAUUGCGCAAGUUCCUAUUUAUACAUUUCCAAUAGAAACUGUUAAUUAUUAUGUUAGUAGUGGAAAUGGAAUUCAAAUUUAUGUAGAAGAAAAAGGAAAUCCAGAAAAGACGACAAUUUUAUUUACCAGUGGAUAUAUGGCAUCACGACAAUCUUGGCAUCCAUUAUGGUAUGAUACAGAACUUGGAGAAAAAUUUCAUCUUGUUAGAUGGGAUUAUCGAGGAACUGGACGAAGUGAUAAACCUAGAGAUGUUAAAGCGUACUCACUUGAAUUAAGUGGACAAGAUCUUCAAGCCGUAAUAACAAAAAUUAAAACAGACAAACCAAAUAAAAAAAUAAUUACAGUUGGAUGGUCAAUGGGAACUCCAACUACUAUGACAUUUAUGAAAAAUAAUCCUGAUAUCAAAAUUGAUGGAUUUAUUUCGGUUGUAGGAAUGGUACAUUUAAACUUUACAGAAGCAAGUUUAAAUACUGAAGAAAUUGUAAAAUAUUCCAUUGCAGCAAAUGAUCCAGAUUAUAAAUUUUCAACAAUUGCUUAUGGAUUAAACGGAUUGUCGAAUUUUAGAACUUUUAAACCAUCAUCUGAUCAAUAUCGUGCUUUAAAGCUUGGUGAUUCCAUUAUUGUACCACCUGAAUAUCGAAAAUAUGAAGCUAAACCAUUUGAUUUUAGAGAUUUCUUUAGUUCUUUAGAUAUUCCAACAUUAAAUCUUAUCGGGGAGGAAGAUAAAUUAAUUACGCUUGAACAUAGUUUACAAUUUGCAAAUCUUGCUAAGAAUGGGAAAAAAAUCGUUUAUAAGGAUGUUGGACACUCGCCACCAUGGGAAGACACUAAAUCAGUUGUUAGAGAUAUCAUAGAAUUUGUGUCCAAUAUUUAA